AUGUUGGCCGGCGGGGCCGUUAACGAGAAGAGUUAUAUAUUGGAAGGGGGAGGAAGGAGCGUUUCGGAGGAUAGGGGAAGCAGUUUCGAUUCCAAUGAAAACGCCUUCGAUGACAUGAAGCAAUUGAUCAACGAAGAUGAAAACGACAAGAGCAACACCUUACCUUUGGCCAGUUUCAAUUUCAUCAAUUCCAUCAUCGGCAGCGGCGUCAUCGGCAUGCCUUACGCCCUGCACGAGGCCGGCUUCGGUUUCGGCAUAGCCUUGAUCAUAUUCGUGGCCUUCGUGACCGAUUAUUCGUUGAUUUUGAUGGUGCGCAGCGGCCACAUCAGCGGGAAAUUCUCCUAUCAGGGCAUCAUGGAGGCGGCCUUCGGACGAACCGGCUACUAUCUGCUCGGAUUCCUCCAAUUCUUCUAUCCGUUUAUAGCUAUGGUGUCUUACAACAUCGUCGUGGGCGAUACGGUGACGAAGGUGAUGGUGAGAUUGACCGGAAUCGGAUCGGAUUCGAUUUUCGCCAAAAGGGAGAUGGUGGUGUUGAUUGCGACGUUGCUGGUGACGGUGCCGUUGUGUCUUUAUAGAGACGUUGCCAAAUUGGCUAAAGUCUCUUUCUUCAGUCUCGUUUGCAUCGCCUUUAUUUUGGUGUCGAUUUUCAUUAGGAUUGGAUCGAUUAGCGAUGUCGUGCCUCCUCACGCGGAUUCUUGGAAGUUCAUUAACAAAGAUAUUAUACCGGCGAUCGGCAUCAUGGCUUUCGCUUUUAUGUGUCACCACAACACCUUCUUGAUAUACAGUUCGAUAGCGGACGCGAAUCAGAAGAAAUGGGAGACGAUCACCCAUGCAUCGAUUUUCGUCAGCUUGGUGGUGGCCUUGAUGUUUGGCAUAGCCGGUUAUUCGACCUUCAAAGCUCUUUCUCAAGGCGACCUCUUGGAGAAUUACUGCUGGGACGAUGAUCUGAUGAACGUCAGUAGAUUGCUGUUCAGCGUCCAAAUCCUCCUCACCUACCCGAUCGAGUGCUUUGUAACCAGAGAUGUUAUCGAAACCACUUUGAUAGGAAAAGAUCCCAAUGUUCCUACAUCUAACAAUGUACAUUAUUUGUUAACAUUGGGCAUUGUUGCUGUCACCUACGCUAUUUCUAUUACAACCUAUUGUCUUGGUGUGGUUUUGGAGCUAAAUGGUGUCCUGGCGGCGGUUCCGUUGGCUUACGUUUUACCGGCGCUGUGUUAUCUCCGCUUGGAGGAGGGUUUCAUAUUGUGCAGGAAAAAGCUGCCCGCCUUGGGGGUGGGAUUCUUCGGGAUCUUCGUGGCCUCGAUGGGGGUGGUGUUUUUGAUCAUCGAUUUCGAUCAGAUCGAUGGUUGCAUCGAAGGGAAGGUGAUGGAUUAUUGCAACAGGACGUACGUCGAGACGAAUUACACUGUGAUUGUCUAA